UACCAAACAAAUCAGUUUUUUUCAGGCAUUAUUUUUGCAGCGCCCGAACUGACCUGACAAAGACAAAAGCCCUCCUCACCAGUUGGUGGCGGUAGUGCGCCAUGAGGUUCACUAUUCAGCAGAAGAGGAAGCCGUAGAAACGACAGAGAAACAAUCCAACAUUGGUUUGGAGCUGCUGUUAGCUCAUCUGCAGACAGUUAGCUUAGCUUUGCGUUUUGUUUUGCGUCCUUUGCAGUAGAAAUGGCGGCUCUUCGCGGCUUCAGGGAGUUUCUGACGCGGCGGCUGGCGGCGGCCGGGGAGGAAGUGCUUUCUGCGUGUGAAGACACCGUGGUUCGGUGUGAGGAGCAGAGCCGCCUUCAGCAGAAGAUGAUCGAUGUCAUGAAGUCCGAGUUUGAUGCGCACAGAGCAGCGCGGCUACCACGUGCGUGGUCGUCUCACAAACACACGCUUCCUGCGGUGCCGGACUAGCAGACCUGCAGAAAGUUUCGCAUCAACAAUCGAAACAGAAUGGUUCUCCACUGCCAGUGGGGCAGCUGUACUGGUGAUGUCCGGUAUCCUGAUCGUAUCUGUGGUGGUAAAAUUCACAGAUUUCCAAAAUCAGAAGCAGAAUGCCUUGUUUGGAUCAAAGCUUGUGCUCGACCGCAUGAGCAGCUCAACCUUCAUCGGAUCAACAAGAACAAAGGAGUGUGUGCUGGUCAUUUUGUCGGCGGGGUUGGGCCAACAGCGCCCCAUCCUUAUCCAACACCAGCAGACGGAGUCCGAGUGCAUAAAGCAAGGCCUGCAGGAAAAAGAGCAUCAGAAAGUGAAAGUAGGCCAGACAAGAGACCUCGGAUUGGAGCAGAGAGCUUGGUUACCUACGAUGCUGCCGUGAACAACGAUGCAGACAAAGGGAUAGAGGUGCAAACAGAUGAACGGUGGAUUUCGCCGCUGGAUAUGCUGGCACUGACUGCAGAGUUGGAAAUGGCAAAAACAGAAAUCAGUCGCUUACAAGCAAAAGUGGAACAUUUAGAAACCGAGCUACAGAAAGAGAAGACGGCCGAACAGCAGGAGCAGAAAGGAAAACAGUUUGACCUCCAGCAACAACGUGACAUUAAAGAAGAAGAAGAGAAGUUUGUGCCCGAUGAGCAGCUUUCUAACGAGGAGAGGAGUUUCACUUCUGAUGAGAAGAUUAAAAAAGAGGAGGAGGAUUAUCCAGAGGCAACACCCAUUAAGGAGGAAGACCAGGAAGAGCCCUGCACCAGCAAACAGGGAGAGCAGGUACAGCUGAAGCGUGUGGAGAGUCAGUCUGCUCCAGAGUCUGUGAAACCCGACGCCUCCAGCAAGAAGAACCUCUGCAGGGCGAAGGCGAGCUUCUGCGACAUUUGUGGCCAGGCUCUGACGGAGCUGAGCUUGGAUCGCCACAUGAGGACUCACACGGCCAGGAAGCCGCUUUCCUGCAAAAGCUGUGGACAAAUCUUCCGGCUCCAUGUGUCUUUGGAAGUCCACAUGAGAACCCACGCCGGGACGAAGCCGCACACUUGCAAGACAUGCGGGAAAACGUUAUGAUGAAGCGACCAUCUUAAACUCCACAUGAGAACCCACGGCGACAAGAAGCUGUACCUCUGCAACGUCUGUGGAAAAAGCGUCGCCGACCCGUCAGCUUUCAGGAGGCACAUGACCAUCCACACGGACGAGAAACCGCACUCCUGCAAAAUCUGCGGUGAGAAGUUCAAACAUAGCAACACCCUGCUGUGCCACCGGAGGGCGCACUCGGGUGACAAACCUCACGCCUGCGAGCACUGCGGGAAGAGAUUCAUCCGCCUGCACCAGAUGAAGGAUCAUGUGAGGAGGCACACUGGGGAGAAACCCUUCGACUGCGACACGUGUGGGAAAAAGUUCAUCAGUGGCACCGAACUGAGAGCUCACACCAAAACUCACACAGGUGAGACAUCGCAGCCAUAGACAAACUGCGGUCGCUUUGUUGAGAAGGUUUGGAUCCCAAACUGAAACUUUGGGCCAAAAAUAUGUUUCUUUGUUUUCACCACCAGUAAAACGGCUGAUCUGAUGCUUUAUAACCUGGAAGUAAAUCUUUACUGGGUUUAUAAAGAAUCAUUAACAGAAUAAUCCUCUAAUAACGAGAUUCUGUCCCAGAUUUAAUGAACCGUUUCGGGUUUUCCUAAGAUUUUUGUGUAGUUUCCUUUGUUUAUCCAGCUUCUUGUUGAAGUUUAUAUUCGUAUGUAAUUAAUUAAAAUGUUUUUUACUGAAGUUAUCCAGGAGGACAAAUAUGUCUUAUAUGUUUUAUUUGAAAUUAUUUCUUUUAAUUCAUUACCCUGACUUUGGGAGUUACAGGAAUCUACUUCCUGCAUAUUGAUGCAGAUCAAUGAUCAGUUUGUUUUCUUCUUACUCAGAUGGAGUUUAAUUUAAUGCAUUUAUUGCUUAAAUUUGCAGACAGUAAUUCUACUAAAUUUCCACUGAAUUUGCUUUAGUUUAUUAGUUCAGCUGUUUGUUACUCAAAAAUGUCAAAAACUAAAGGAAAGUUGGCUAAAUCUGCUGAACAGGCAAUACUAGGUGAAAACCAAGAAAUAAUAAUUGAAUCCAGAUGUAAACAUUAAAACGGAGAACACAAACAGUUUGAGAUUUUCUGAUUUGUUUUUAUCAUUCUGUACUUUGGCCACAAGAGGGCGACUGUCUCAUAUUUUUGCUCACUUACAGCCUUAAAGCUCUAGAUUCUUGAGUAAGGCUGCAGUUUGUCUGUAUAAUUCAGUUUGGUUAUGAAAUCAAAAUUUGUUAAAUACAAGGUAAAAAUACAACAUAAAUGCAGAUGAUAAAGGUUUGGUAGAAUCCAGACAAAGAGGUCAAAGUUCAUCAUUUAACAAUAAUCAGACCAAAGACAGAACAACGGAUGUCCCACAAUUAGCUGAAAAGCUGAUGAUGCUGGAGACUUUUUAAAAAACAUUCUGUGGACUUUCUUAGCAUCUGAUGAAUGAAAAAGACAUUUUUAAACGAGCCAAACCUGAAUUUCAGGGCAGCAGCAUCUCGUAUCUUAAAUGUUCCACUUUGAAGGAGUUCAGACGUGAUGCUCCAUCCUCAUUAUCUAGUUCAUGUCAGUGCAGAGGAGCAGCAGCUUCAGUCUGAACCGUUCAGAUGACCGACUGCCUGGCCGCAUCAGGACGCCGUUCUGCCUCUUCUCUCCCUGAUCUGGUUCUUUCAGUCUCUGCCUUUGACUCGUGGCCACAGGAUGCAGAUUGGACCUUCAUGAUGACGGAUGGCUCCAGUCGACAUGCUGCCUCCCAAACUGACGUGGAAACUUUCUGGAUCCUAAAAGAAAAUUCUCCGAGGUUUUUAAACGUUCAUCUUCUGUGGCUGAACCUGAAUUUCUUCUAUUUUUAGUUUUCUGGAGAAAUAUGUUGUCAGGGUUCGAGUUGCUUUGUGUCACAUUUUGAUUUAUGAUUCAGUUAAAGUUUGCAACCAGUCCGACUCUAAAUGCACUUUCUGUCGCUCUCGACCUUCAUCAAGUUCAUUUUUACCUUUAAAUUGGGUUACAAUAGUUUUGGGUUUUUCAUGAUACUUUGGUUUGUUGUGAAUUUUUUUUGUUAAACCUUUACUAGUUUUAGUGUGUUUGCUAAUUUAAAUAUUUAGUUUUUAUUAGAUAAAUUAGUAGUUUAGUUUUUUAAAUGAAUUCAACAGAAUUUGGUGGGUUUUUUUACAACUUUUGCUGCCGCCAUUUUGCGGAUUAGCAUUAGUGCCGCUAACAGGAGAAGUGCUGUAAUUUUCAGACAGUUGAUGUAAACUGCUGGUGUCGGGGAAAAUCGGUGUCACAUCGGAUCAAAAAUGAAUGAUAUUAAACCUAUAAUUGUAGCAUGUUCAGUAAUUUAUAACUUUAGUUCAUAAGGCUAACAGCAGAGGCGUAAAUCUCAGGGGGUCGGGGGCCCGGACCCCCCAAUCUUGGAAAAGUCUAGAAUUACAAAUAAAUGUUUGUAAAGGAGUAGCAGAGAUUAGAUCAGUCAGACUGAACAAAACUUUUAUCUAAGCAACAUUUACAAUAACACUGAGAAUAAAACGUGUUUGAUGUGCAUUACUGGCCAUUUUUGGCCCUGCAGGCUGAAUGUGGUAGAAAAACCUUUUAAUCCAUAUUUUACGUUACAUUUCACUGUAACUUUGCCGACGCCCCAAAAUGAGGAGGAUUUUCUCCCUUGACUAAUAGUGUAUUUUGUUACACGUUGUUCCAGGUUUUCAGGGAGGCAUCUGAAACCGUUUGAGCUGUUUAGUCUGAAGCUCCAGAGUCUAGUUUAAUCACAAGCCAAACAUAAUCUUUUACACACAGUGACAAGUUAAAGCUAUAAAAUCUGCUCCUUUGAAACGACUUUAGCGAUAAAACAGCUCCAUUCUUCGACUCGGUCCAACCUUCUCUCUGAUUCCAUUAUGUUUUAUUAAAUAAAACACCCACAAUCCCAUUUUUACUACAUAAAGAACAUAUUGCGGCCUUUAUCGCCUUAAAUUAUUCAGCGCAUCUUGUCACAAACGGAGCCUCAGGACAGAGGAAAUGUUCACUCCUGUCACCCAGCAUGUUAAACAUGAACAAAUGGCAGCGCAGGACUUUGAGCAGAUUCCCACAGAUGAAUACUAAACAGGGAUUUUUGGGGGCUCUGAUGGUGGAUUAGCAUCGAAACUAAACUGGCAACAUCCACUGCUAGCAAUCCCUGCAGGGCAAUUUGAGGGAGCAAGCCGCACACAGUGCAGAGUUCAUCCUGUGUUGUAUACUGGCUGUAAAAGGCAGCGGCUGUAAUCAGAGAGCACCGUGUUUUCUGCAGCGCAGUAAUUCAUCAAAGUGACGGCUGCCAAUGAGUCUCCGUCCGCCCAUCAGUCAUUUCUACACCUGCUCUUUGUUUCACAGCUGUCCGAUGAAAUGUUUUCAGCAGCUGCAGGUCCACUCGGAUGCUUUUUCCUGCAGUUUGGAGUUAGCUAAAGACAAAAAUAAAAAAAGGAGAAAAAAUAAAAACAAUGAGAUCAGCUGAGUUUAUAUAUUUUAUUUUUUAAGUUUUUUCUUUAGUAUUUUGCACUAGAAUGAGAUGUAACAGUUUCCAGAAACGUUUUUUUUUGCUUCCCUCCAGUCAUCUGAUCAACAACCGGAUGUUACUACUGGCAGAAAUGACAAAGAAGACAACAGGCAGUGGUAGGAACAUGAUGGUUUGUUUUUGUAUUUGGGAGAAUCAGCUGCCUCCACCAGAGCUCCCAGCAUCACACAGUUCAUAGAAAGUUGUACAUCAUUCCAACAAGUUGAAUCCAUAACCCCUCUGCAAAAUGGCCGACUAUAUUUUUAGCAAAACGCUGCAUCAAAAAGUAUCACAUAACUGCUUCCUCCAUCAGCACCAGGAUUAUUAAUGACUCCAGUGUAAUUUUAAUUUAAUUAAAUUUUUGUAUGGAAACAUUGCAGUUAUGAAAUUGUGUUGUUUUAUUUUUCUUUUACAUAAACAGGAUAUAGAUAAAGAUUUGCUCAUGUUUGUAAUGGAAACACAGCUGCUGAAUUCAACAUGUCUCUCCAGCUCUACUCUGAUUUCCAAUCAGAUUUAAAACUUAGAUUUUCUUCUGUGAAUCUAUUCUCUAUUGUCAUGACAGAUGUUCAGUCAUUCAGUUAAUUUAUUUAUCGCCAAUUCACAAUAAAUGCCAACUUGAGACACUUGAUUAAAUUAUUCUCAUAUAUCAAAUGGUACAGUAAGUUAAAUUAAUUAUUCAAAGUAAUUAAAAAGUUUCUUUCUAAGGAAACUGAGCAGAGCAUCAAGUCGUUGACUUUCUCUCUCCUGCUGGACGACCAACAGCAGAAAGUCACAUCCUGGGACCUUCAUGUUCAACAUCCUCCCUGUUGCUCAGGUUACAACAGGAAAUAAAUUAGCUGCUAUAAUCACGCAGCCACAGUUGGUGACUGCUUCCUGGUUUUAUUUUGUUUCCAUGUUUUUAUGAUUUAAAGCUCUUUGAACUGCCCUGUUGCUGAUUAGAGUUUGAGUUCUGGGUUUUAUGUUUUAGUAUUUUUCUUUUGUUUAGUUCCAGUUUUGGUUUUUCCAGGUCUGCGGUUCCACUAAUCCCCUCCUCAGUAUUUAUGAGCCAGUUUCUGUCCUUUGCUCUUUCUCUAGUCGUCCAAUUGGAUCCACUUUUGUUCUGUUACUAUUUCUGACUCCAGUUAUUUCUUAAUAUUUUUAAAUGAUUUCUGUAUUGUUGUCAUUAAAUCUUCUCUAUCGUUUUGUUUUCAUGACGGUGUUUUUAUGCAGU